UUCGGAAAGCUCCGACCCUUCGUUGGAGAUGUCUGCUGUAAGUCCGGGUGAUCUUCCGCAGAGUGAUGUUGAGGGGACUCAUUGUGUGCUUCAUUUAGUAGGGUAUAGAGAGAAGGAAGAUGAGUGAAAUAAAUCGGCGUGAAAAAUCAUAGUACAACUCGAUUAUGAUUGUGAUAGUAGCAAUUAGUGUGUGAUUAACAGUUGACAAGGUGGAAAAACGGAUAGUGAAGGGUGUUUCGGUGGAUGUAGUGUGUGCUAUUUGGAAAAAAUCAUUGGAUAAGGAAAUUCCUCUUUUUCCCUGGAAAAGCACUCGAGACGGACACUCUCGUGAAAACUGAUAAAAUUUAACUUUCCGUGACUGAACAGGGCAGAAUUGAACAGAGUGCCGAAGCAAUGGAGGAACUGUGAGGAGGAAGUUGUGAAAAUUUGUGGAAAAUAGCCAGUAAAGGCUGUGGACCUGGUGGUGGCAAAUUGAGAAGGGGUCCGGCGGAGCCUUUCUUUACUUCCGGCGCGGAACAGUGGAUUUUUACAUCGGGAUUCCAUCGUCGCAAGGAUGCCGCACAAAUGUCUCGAAAUGGACCACCCGGAAUUCAUAUCGAUCCAUCCAAAUUGACCAAGAACGUGUGGAAAUUCCAUGGAAAAUCGCCGCAAAUAGUGUGCCAUAGAAAAUAUUAAUUGCCAGAGAAGGAAAACCAGAAUUGCUCGAAGGACCGUGGAGGAAUUUCCGUCUGCCAGAAUUUGCUGGGGAAUUGAGUGCAAGGAGUGAAAGAUUGGAAGGACACUUGAGAGCCUUCUCUGAACCACUAGAAGAGGAAGAAGUGUGAAGGGAACUGGAAAAUCCUCCGUCAAUAAGCAAGUCGAAUCUUUCAAUUUUCAUUACAAGUCACAGAGGAGAGAAGGGCAAAAAGUUGGUGAAGAGGAAGGAGCAAAAUGGCAAAUACGAUAUCCAAUAUGAAAAUGACAAACCCAAUUAAGGGGCUUGUCAGCAAAAGGAAGAAGAGAUACACCGAGGAUGGAUACAAUUUGGAUUUGUCAUAUAUUGAGCAAAAUCUAAUUGCGAUGGCGUUUCCAGCUGAGAAACUCGUUGAGGCUGUCUAUAGGAAUAAUAUUGAUGAUGUCCUGCGAUUGUUUGAGUCGAAACACGGAGGAUUCUACAAGAUCUACAAUCUAUGUUCCGAGCGAACAUACGACUAUAGUAAAUUUCAACAUAGAGUUGCAUCGUAUCCAUUCAAUGAUCACAAUCCACCAACAAUUCAAUUGAUUCAAGCAUUCUGUGAUGAUGUCCAAAAGUUUCUGAGUGCAGAUCCCAACAAUGUUGUGGCUGUUCACUGUAAAGCUGGCAAAGGACGAACUGGUACAAUGAUCUGCUGCUACUUGCUCCACGUGAGGAGAUUCAAUUCAGCUGCGGAGGCACUUAGUUACUAUGGACAGAGACGGACCCAUGACGAAAAGGGAGUCACGAUACCGUCACAGCGACGAUAUGUUGAAUAUUAUUCACGUCUACUGAAGUCGGGUCGACCUUAUAGUGAAGUAAAGCUGUUGAUUUGUGAGUUAAAAUUAUCACCACCGCCAUUACUUAAUAGCCAUCAGGGGAGCCUGUAUUUUAGUAUAUCGGAUGGGAAGGGCAGGAAGCUGCAUCGGGACAGCGUCUCGGAUGUGAAACGAUCGCAAGGGAAUGGUGAUGGACAAAUUGUGAUCAAGCUGGAUCGCUGCAUUCCCCUGUCUGGUGAUAUUCAGGUUGAGUUCUACAACAAAGGCGUGAUCAAGAAGGAGAAACUGUUUCAUUUCUGGUUCAACACGUAUUUCGUCAAUGAAGAGACGGAAGGAAAUAUUCCAGCGGAGGGAGAUUCCUCUAAAUUAGUCUUUCGAUUAACGAAAUUUGAAUUAGAUGACGCUCACAAAGAUAAACAACAUAAAACAUUUUCACCUGAUUUUGAGGUACAAGUAAUUUUACAACGGAUACCUUCCGAUUCUUAUGAUGCCCGUGGCACAAGUCACCAUCACAACAAUCAUUCGAGCAACAAUCUCCACCAUGUGAACCAUCGGAAUUCGCAGAAUAACACAGCACCAUCUGUGGCGACGCUCAACUCCCAUCCAGGUGCACACACACCGUCCGAAAGUUCUGAGGCAUCAUGCACAGAUUCGUCCACGGAGGAGGAUGGCUGGGAAUCUGUGGGAUCCACGCCACAGAGUCCUAUUGGACGCUAUAGACUCCUUUCUGAGUCCGAUGUCAGUGGAGGUGGUGUCUAUUCGCAGGAUUCUCACAAUAAUCUAGUCCAGGCUUAACAAGUUACACAAGAGAUAGUUUUACAUGUGACGCAAGAUAUAAAGAAACGUAGUGACAGAAAAGAAUGCCAGGAAAUAUUUCCUUAAUCUUUUCCUUUUUGAUAAUCGCGAACAAAGGAUUUUAGAUAUACAUAUGAAGUAUAUAGUAGCAACAAAUCUCAAAAAAAUAGAAGACAAUUUCUCUAUCUUUCUUUCUAAUAUAUAAUUUUUAUACUUUAGUCGGGAGAUUAGAUAACACAUUUUUUUUCUAAUAAUUCUCUAUGAAUAUUUAUUAAAUAGAAAUCCCUGUAUUUUUAUAAGCAAACGACCACUAUUAAUUUUACUGACCCUUUUAUCAAAUACCCUUUUUCACUGUGACCAUUUAUUGUGACAUUUUUGCAGGCGAGUCAACGUAUUUGUGACCCACAAUAAACAUCACAAAGAAAAUUUGAGAAAAUGAAAAGAAGAAACAUUGAGAAAAUCAGUAAACACAAACACACACACACACUCAAAAAGUCAAUUAGAUUUUUAAGUAUAACAAGAAGAAUGCAUAGAUUUAGCAAUUUACCGAAAGGUAUUUUUUCUAAGAGAAGACAAAUUAGGAAAACAGUGCAAAACAAAGCUUAAAACACGCUCGAUGAGUCUUCAAACUGUGUUGAAGGCAAUGUGAAACAGUGUGAAACACUGCAUCAUAAAGUAUAGCGACAUGCACCUGAACACCAAGCGACGAUCCAACGUGAGUUUCUGCCCGUAACUCGCCUCACAGUGAAUGCAAAACGAAAAAAAAGAAUAAAACUAAAUUAUUUUUUAUUUAGAAAUGAUAGUGCUUAGACGAGAAAAUGUAAUUAAUUCAGAUAAUCUGUCUUGUGCAAGUCACAAAAAGUCUAACAAAAUCUCUUUUUACGUUAAAGAAAAAGAAACAUAUUUGAUAUGUUGAGUAUAAAUGUCUGUAAAAUAUUUAGGUGAAAGCAAGAAAAAAAAUAUGAAUAUAAAAAAUUAGUAUGAGAGAAAUGAAAAGAAAUAUUUUUUAAAAAUUAUUUUUAGGCAUUUUCAAAUUUUUCAAAAAAUUGAAUGUAACCCGGAUGGGGAGUGGAUUUUCAUCAUGGCGAAGUGUUGAUAUCUUGACUCCCUGCAAGUUUUUUUCUUUCAUAAGAUAGAUAUAACUAUUUUUUAUAUGAAAAUUUGUUCGAGAGAUUGAAUGGCAAAUUGAGAGAUAACUCAAACAACUCACAUCCAUCACAUUCACAAAUUGGUUUCAUCUUCUCCUUCCCAGAGGCCAUCAUUUUUUUCAGUUUUUGUUCACUUUGCCGUAACCCUGGAUGAAUAUUUUUAACACUCACGACUGUUCUUAACCAACAAUUUAUGGGUGAAAGGUGUCAUUGCGGUGUUUGACUUCAAUUAUGGUUUGCUUCUUGAAUGAAAAGAUGUCAUGAGGUUUGGUGUCAUAAUUGAGGUCAUACAUUUCUUGGUUUUGCUAUUCAGAAUAAAGCAUACUUUGGAACAUUAAAUUUAUAUAUAUUGAGAAAAUCUAUCCGUAAUGACACAACAAUCUAUUCACACUUGCUUCAUCAUCACUCAUGAGUUUAUUUUUUUUUACUAUCAUGCACAGAAUUUUCUCGUGGGGGUGAAGGAUGAAAAAUUUGUGCAGUGUAAAAAGUGUAAUUAACAUCUUAUAAUUUUAACUUCAUUGGUCUGUGGAUGGUGAAUUGUUUUCCAUGUAAAAAAAAGAAAAUCACACCUUUUCGUAAUUUUAAUGAUAUAAUAUCAAAAUUUCUGCAUUCAGGAACAUGAGAUAGGAAUAUUAAUCAAAAUUGUGUUGUUGCUUUUAUUCGAUUUAACUAAUUUAUAUGAAAUGAAAGGAAUAAAAAAUCUUUUUGAUAUGAAGAAAAUAGAGGAGAUAUGAAAUGGAUAUUUAAGGACGCAUCGAGAAAGAAAAGAUAUAGGGAAAUGUGGAUGAAAAAGAAAUUUUUGCGUAAUAUUUGUGUUCGUUUUUCACCCACCAAAUUUGUACUUUUUUGUUUAUUGUAUUUUUGUUUUAUUUGAAAUUUGUCUCUGUGAAAAGGUGAAAACAAAAUUAUAUUUUUGUUUUUUUUUUAAUGUGGUUCCGUCAGUCAUGCUUUAGAGCUUUUUUCAGCUGUCAAACUAUUUUGAUGUGAGAAAACAAUUAACAGUGCAAGAAAGAAAGAAAGAGAAACAAGUGGAUUAUGAGGCUAAAAGAGGAGAACAAGGUAUAGAUAGCGGGAGAAAAUAUUUUUGCAAUACCCUCAGUUUUUUUUUGUAAAAAAGAAGAAGAGCAAGUGCGUAGUGUAGCGAGAGAGGGAGAAAGAUAAGUAAUAGAAGAGGAGAACAAGUAAUCACAUUCAUUUCCUUCCAACUCUCCAUCGAAAAGGUGCAAAGGAGUAACACAAGAUAAAAAUAAAAAAUGAUGACGUAAGAUUAAAAAUAAACUAAAGUGGAUGAAAUUUUGCUUUUAAAUACAUAGUUAUCAAUAAAUGUUCAAUGUUUUAUCAGCCUGUAUUAAUAAAAAUGAAAUAGAGAAGAAAAAUAGUGGGCAAGAAUCUAUUAAUGAAGAAGAGAAUGUGUUUUGAAGAGAUUCAAAACUGAGAGAGAAAAACAAAAACACCGAGAAGAAUUAUUCGUAAUUGAAAUAUAAAAGUCAAUGGUACAGAAAAAUAUAAAUUAUCCCAGUUUUUGUAGGAUGUGACACAGAGAAAAUAUUGGAAAAAAUAUCAUUUGAAUGAAAUCAAUGGUGAAACAUAGAAAUAGAUGGAAAAAAUCAAUAUAAAUAUAGAUAGACAUUUGUUCAUUGUAGAUUUCAUUGUAAAUAAAAUGGGAGGUUUUCUGCAGAAGAGAAAAAGAAAUAGCGAUGAGGAGAAAUAUGAAAAAGAAAUUUAGAAAAAAAAGUACUCAGCUAAGAUCACAUCGAAUCUGAAGUUUCUGCUGUUAGAAAUGUGUGAAUUCACCAUCGAAAUGGUCUUUCGAAAUUGCAGCAGCCAAUCGAGAGACCUCUUCAGAUAAAUUCUUGCAUUUGCGAUAUGGUUUUUGUCACCAAUUUUUUUUUCUACCUGCAAUGCAUAACAAUAAUUAAUUUCAGCAAAAUGAUUGGUUAUUGGACAAGAAUAUGGAAAGAAUGAACGUCGGACAUUUAAGAAAUAGGCAUGAAUAAAUAAAAUAGUAGGAAGAAUGAUUUAAAAAUUUGUGUGAUUGUUGAAAUGGAGGAGAAUAAUGAAACAAGAAAUAUUACGAAUGUAAUCUUAAGAAAACAAAAAAAAAUACUUUUCAUAAAUAAAUAGGAA